UUUUCAGGUUUUGAUAACACAUGCGACUUGUCAGCAGUUUUAGGAAUGCUGGCCAACUCAUCUGUGUUUCAUACGCGCAUCCAAACAAAUGCUAAGGAUGUGCGCUCCAAAGUAAGAAACGAGUGGGGACACUGUAACUUUGAUCAAUGGAACGAACCGGAGUUCAACCACAGUUUCCAACUCAUGGAGACAUUAAUUCGUUCUUUGGGGCUUCCAGUGGCUGAUGAAAAGAAAGUACUUGAUGAACUUCAGGAGUGGGAAACUAAGGGUCAGUAAUUUCAAUGACGAUAUGGUGGUGUGUAUGGGGCGUAUCAGGCCCUAACCAACACUUUUGGAUACCUCUCCCUGAGUGAGCGCCAGUCUUUCUUUAAGGUCUUUGUGAGCUGAUCUUCUUUACCGGCAUUUACCUUGUCGGGAUUUAUCUACUGUCUCGAUGGAAAGUGUGAAGUCCAUUGUUUUCCACUUUUCCUUCUCAUUUCUUUCUCUUCAUUAUUAAAGGCGCCUUGGCUACCCAAAGUAAAAUAAUCAUAUCAUGGCUGACGUUGUAUCCAUUUAAAUUGUUUCUUGGCAGGUUUGAAAUUGUGUAUGGGUUGCCCAGUGGACAAGGAUUUGAUGAAACUUGUCAGUAUUGAGGUCACCAACUUAGAGAAAAACUUGGAGGCCGUAAAGAAAUUCAAUGCUGAUGAAGCCAAGAGGAUACGAGAAGCUCUUAAAGACGCCAUAGAUGAAAUAGCGAAGUUUGAGAAACGUAUAGCCGACAUGGAAAGUCGACUGGAGGAAGAGCUCCAGGCGCAAUCAGAAAAGAACAAAGAAUUCUCAUCAGCAAUUGAAGAUAUUUCUAACAAUAUAAAUAUAAUGGAGGAACGCCAAGAUACAAAUGAACAAAACAUUUCUUUGUUGGAAGAAAGGCAAAUUGAGGUAGAAUCAGCUGUAGCCUCUUUAAAAGACGGAGAGAGCAACCUUACCUCAAAGGUGGAGGUUUUAGAGCUCGAACAAACUCGGUUUGAUUCUCGGCUAAAAAAGUUAGAAGAGGGUAAUCUUGACGCUGUAGUCGAUGCUAACAUUUUGCAACUGCCCAGUCGCAAUCAUUGCUUUUGUGGUCGCGAAAGUGAGCUAAAAGCAAUUGCGGCGCAAUUAAAAGAUACUACGAGGAGUUGUUCUGAAUCAGCAAUUUACGGUCUCGGGGGUGUUGGAAAAACAUCUCUUGCUGUCGAGUUUCUAUGGCGACAGAAAGACGAGGAAUAUUCCGGUGGCAUUUUUUGGAUUUCGGGCGAAAACAACAACCUUUUCCAGUUGUCUGUCAGCGAGAUGGCACGUCAAGUUGGAACUUUGGAUGACAAAGACUUUCCUAAUUCACUGUCAAGAACCUUGGACUGGUUGAGAAAGCGCGAGCAGCUGUGGUGUCUAGUGGUUGACAAUCUGGACGAGUUAGAAAUGUCCACGGAUAUGCGAAAACUGCUGACUGGUCACUGGAAACAGGCUGCACGUGGUCAUAUCAUCAUAACCACAAGGAGAGAAGCAACGGAAAUCGGAGAAGAAAUGGGAAUCGAAGAAAGCUCUUGUAUUGAGUUGAAAUGCUUCACGGAGGAAGAAGGAGUUCAGUUUUUAAAAACAAGAGGUGGAACAGCCGGAGAAGACAACGGUUUUCGUGAGUUGGUUGGAGAGCUUGGCGGACUGCCCUUAGCUCUUGAUCAAGCUGCUGCUUACAUCAGA